AUGACUUUUCACUCUUUCGGCUCUAUAAUAUAUCCUUCAAAUGACAAUAACUACAUUGGCAAUGAAAGUUGCAUCGACCUUCAAACCGAAGACAAUUUUCUCUCUAAUAUUGAUGAUAAGUCUCUAGCUUCUUCCAAUGAAAAAAAGAUGAAAAUGUCCAUUAGAAAUAGGGAGUGGAAGAGAGAGUUUCCUCCUCCUAUGCCUUGCCUAGCUCAAACUCAAAACCUUGCUUCUCACAUGCCAUAUGUGUUGAAAAGAUACUACACUGACGAUGGAAGAUUGAUCAUCAAGGAAGAGAAAGUAAAACAUCAUUAUUUUCAUGCACAUAGAGAGAAUGGUAGACUCACCUUGCAGCUUGUUCCGGUUGGCCAUAAUAAUGAUGACAACGAUUAUUUCAUGGACGUAAAAGAGCAAGAUAAAGAAGUAGAAGAAAAAGAAGAGGAGGAGAUUAACAAUAUUACUAUGGAUCAAAAGAAUGUUGAUGUUGGUGAUGAUUAG